AAACGUGACCAAUGCAUAUCUCUGUCCCGUCUGCUCUCCCGUCGCCAACUGAGAUAAAAUGUAAUUUCACAGGAUUUUGUCGACGUUGUGGAGCUUCAGGUGGAUUCUUCAUGAAGUUGUGAAUCCGGUCUAAACUGAAACCAUGCUGAAGUGGCUUUCUGGUGAAGAGGGACAGCCGGGCUCUGUGGGUCCAGGCUCUCCCCACAGGCCUGCUGCUGCUGCUGCUGCUGCUGCUGCUGCUGGAGAGGUGGCUGUGGAAGAAAUGGCGGAGCGGCUCUCCCAAACUGAGCUGCUGGUCACUCAGCUGAAGGAGCUGAUCCGGGAGAAGGAUGCUGUGCUUCAUGCCAAAGAUGACCAACUUAAGGUGGAGAAGGAGACAUGGGAGUCCAAAAUGUCAAAGCUGCGUCUGCAGAACAAGGCCAAGGUGACGUCUCUAACCACGCAGCUGGAGGAGCUGAAGAAGCAGCAGGGAGGGCAGGGCACGCCAACACACGGCAAAAAGGGGUCAUCAGAAGGAGGAGAACAAGCCAGUCGGGGCAAAAUUGUCCUGCUAAAGAAGAAGGUUGAGGAACUAGAACAGCAGCUUGCACAAAGACAAGAGGAGCUGGAAAACAAGACAAAGGAAGUGGUGUCACAGCGGCAGCGGGGCGAGGAGAUGGACGCCAUGCUGACCGAGAGGGACAGGAAGCUGGCAGAGAAAGAGGCCUAUAUUGUUCACCUGCAAACAGCACUGGCAGGAGAUCAGCCCAUCACACCUGCACCUCAACAAAAGGUGGGAGAGGACGGAGGAGAAAUGCAGGAGCUGCAGCUGCUGGUGCAGAGCCUGACCAGGAAGGUGGGAGAAGGGGAGGAGCGCUUCAGUUUACUGCAGGAGCAGACAGACAGCCUGAAAGAGCUGCUGGUCACAGAGAAGGAGCAAUAUGCUCAGAAGGAGACCAUGUACGAGCAGAACAUCCAGACAUUCAAAGACAUCAUUAUUCAGAAAGAUAACCAGCUGUCGGAGCUCAACCAGAUGCACGAACAGGAGCUCUUCAAGCUGGCAGCAAAGUCUGAUGCCAGCGCCGACUUAGAGCAGCUGUUGAAGGCUCUGAAACAGAAGCUUCAUGAGAAGGAGGAGGUGCUGCUGGGUAAAACACAGGUCAUUGAUGUUCUGCAGGGAGAGGUGGACGGCAGAGACCAACAGAUAAAGGAGCUCACUGAGCGGCUGCGUCGGCUACACGUGGAACGAGAGAGCCUGGAAUCCAAGAUGGAGGCAGAGAAGCAUGUGAUGCGAGCACAACUUCGCGACCUGAUGGAGAAGCAGCAGGCGGAGGUGAAGCGAAUGGCUGAGCAGCAUCAGGCACAGAUGGCCCAAACACAGCAGGAUCUCCUCGGGCAGCUGGAGGAGCUGAGGAGGGCCCCGGUGGCAGCUCCGCCUCCCAGUCAGGAGGCCGAAGGAAGUGGAAUCAUGCCCGCAGAUUCAGCCUCUACCCAAAGGAUCGCUGAGCUGGAAGCCCAAGCAAAGCAAAAAACAGACGAAGCUAGCAAAUCAGAGGCAAAGUUCCUGAAAAUGAAAGCCUGGUCUAAAUCUCGGAUCAGACAGCUGGAGGACGAGCUGAAGAAAAGCCAGGCUGGGGUUGCCCCCCCAGACCUGGAUGCCCUGCGGAGUCAAAUCACAGCACUGGAGGAGGAGAGAGAGGAAAACCUCUGGAAAGUGGAGCAAUACGAGGAGCUCAGAUCAAAGAACGAAAUGCUGGAGGCGAAGCUGGUGGUUUACGAGGAGCAGCAGAGGACACUUCAAGCAGACCUGGAGCAGUUCACCAAGAGGGCGGCCUCUCAGGCCAGCGAGUCGGGCAGUGCUGAUGACACUCAGAGCCAGGUGCUGGAGUGGCAGGAGAUGGUUGCUGAGGCGGUCAGUGCCAAGGACCGGGCCAAGGAGGAGAAGGCUGCCAUGGCGCUCCGGAUUAGCCACAUGGAGGAGGAAAGAGAGGCACUGGCCACUCGGCAGCAGGAGUUGGAGGAGGAGCUGGCUCAGACUCGGGGGCUCGGUCAGCACAGGGCCAAGAAGCUGGCAGCUCCGUCCCAGCGAAGCCUGCAGGAGGACUUUGAGUUUGAAGGGCAGACCCCGUUCCAGGACCCACGGAGCACCUCUGAGAGCACGACCCCGAUGGAGGGAGAGAACAUGGGAGGUUGGUGGCCCGAGUACAGUACUCCUGACACAGACGGUCUUCGGUCCGUUGUGGAGGAGCUGGAGCUGGAGAGGAACCAGCUCCAGGAGCAGAUCCUGAGCCUGGAGGAGCGCUGUCAGGACCUGGAGGAUCGACUGCAGCUGCAGGCUCGCAUCGAGGCGUUACAGAAUGAGUCAGAGAAGCUGCAGAGCCAGCUCGCCAGCGUCCGGAGUCAACAGAGCAGAGAUGCAGAGAAGCAUCAGCUGCUGGUUAGCAACCUCAACGAACAGCUCAAAGGACUGAGUAACACUCAAGAGUGCCUGGAGAGCUCCCUCAUCGAGAAGGAGAACACGUUGGCCAAGACGUCUGAGAAGCUGGAGCUGAUCAGCAGCCUGCGAGAGUCUCUGAGCGACAAAGAGAUUCAGUGCAAAGACGUGUCGGACAAGCUCCUCCAGGCCGAGCACACUCUUGAAAAUGUUUCCAAGAAGUGCAGCAGCUCAGAGAAACAAUGCUCCGAGCUGAAGGCAGAAGUGGUCGAGCUCACGCAGAAGCUGAGCGUGUUGAAGGAGAAGACACAAAAGCAAGAGGUCACCAUCGAAACUUUACAGACUGAGCUCGAUCAGACGAACGAGGAGCUGGACAAACUAAACACCGCCCACCUGGAGGAACGAGCCCAACUCAUCCAUGACCUCCAAAGCUGCGAGCGGGAAAUCGACAGACUUAAAGACUUCCUGUUGGAAAAGGAAGAGGAGAUUUCAGCGCUCUCUGGUAACAUGGCGGAGUACGCAGAACAGAUCACGGUGCUGAAGCAGGAGAUGAAACUCAAAGAGGAGAACCUGCUUCGAGUGGAAAGUGCUCUGAGUAAAGCCGAGCGGGAGGCCAUGAUCAUCAGAGAAUCCCAGACUUCAGAUCAGCAAAGCCUCGAUAACAAGAUCUCAGAGCUAGUGGAGAAACUCAAAGAUGCUGAGAUGGAGCUGGUGAAAGUCAAAGAGGAAAGAGAGUCUAAAGUUUCUGAGGUGGAACAUCUGAUAAAGCAGACUGAAGAGGACAAGAAAACCAUUCAGGACCUCAGGGGGGAGGUCCAGAAGCAGGUUGUGAGCCAUCGUAAUCAUCUCUCUGAAUGUGAAACGCAUAUCAUGUCACUGAAGGAACAGCUAACUGCAUCCUCCCAAAAGCUGCAGGACUCAGAAGUUCUCCUUCUGCAGCUCAAAAACAAAAACACUAGCAGCGAGCAGCUACAGCAGCAGCUUCAGGAUAAAGAGCAGACGUAUGAAAAGGAACUGAAAUCUUCCAAGGAUGAACAGAACAAACUCCUGGCACAGGUGGAAAAAUACAACAAUGAAAUGCAGACGUUAUCCAAACAAUUAGAGGAGCAGGUACAGAAUGAGGAGCACAUUAAAAAGGAGGUGCAGGAGAAACUGGAGACCAUAGAAUCUCUGGAAAACCAACUGAAGACGAGUGACAAACAGGCCGAGGAUGAGAAGCAGAAAUUCAACAUGGAGUUACAAAAGCGGGACUCAGAAAAUGAGAAAUUGAAUAAAGAGCUUCAAAGCAAAUCUGAAAAUCUUUCCAAACUCAAGAAUCUGUUAAAAAAUACAAAGACGGAGAAAAAGCAGCUUCAAGACAAACACAAAGAGCUGACGGAGGAGCACGAGCUUCACAAGAAGAAUGUAAAUCAGCUCAGUGAAAAGCUUUCUGCUGCUCUGGAGCUCAACUGCAGUCUGAAGGAUCAAGUUGAACGUCUCGCAAAAGAGAAGGAGAGUCUGGAACUGGAGGUGACUGAGAGCGUGAAAACUAUUUCAGGUGUUACACUUGAAAAGGAUUCCUUACAAGCCAAAGUGUCCGUAUUGGAAACGCAGCAUUCUGAGAACAGCACCGUGAUCGAACGGCUGCAGAAAGACAAAGAGGAUUUGACUCUUCGAACGAAUGAGUUGAACAAAGUUCUUGAGCAAAGCACAAACUCAAACUCAGAGAUUCUGCUGGCAAAAACAAAUGAAUGUAGUAAUCUGAGCCAGUCGCUCAGGCAGCGGGAGGAGCAGGUGACGCAGCUGCAGGAGCAACUGCUAAGCUUGACAUCUCAAGUAGAGCAGCUCCAGUGUGACAAAGAGCAGACAAUAAAAGACCACCGAGCGCAGAUAGAGGCCCAACAAAACCAGCAAACACAACUUCAGGAAACUCUGUCUCUGCUCCAAGAACAAGAAGGCAGCCUGAAGUCUGGGCUAAUGAAUAUGGAUUCAGUCUUAAAAGAGAAGCAGGAGGAGUGUCACAGUUUGCAGAAUGAAAUGACACUCCAGAAAGAUCUGGUGUCCAAGCUACAAGCAGAAGCUGAAUCGGUUAAUGAGGAGCGCUCUCAGCUCCGGCAGCAGAUUGAGGAUAGAGAGGAAAUGUUGAAGAAUGUGACGCAACAGUGUCAAAAACACAAAGAUGAACUGAAUGAUAAAAACAACACUGUUAAGUCUCUCAGUGACCAAAUCCACGUCAUGAAAGAAAAAGCCAGAAAGCUCGAGUCUGAAGCAGAGCUGAGGCAAACAGAGCUAGCAAGCUUGAACAGCAACAUCCAGACAGUGAGUCAGGAGAACAGCCAGCUCCAUGCUGCUUGUGAGUACAGAGAAAAGGAGCUCGCUCAGCAAACACAAGUCCUGUCUGAGCUGGACGGACGGCUUAAAGCAACUCUUGAACAGAACGUCAGUUUUACUGUGAAGAUUAGCAGCCUGACUGAAGAUAAUCAUAGGCUACAAGACGAGCUAGCACACAACAUCAAGUCAGUUUCUGAGCUAGUCACUGAGAUGAAUCUACUGCAAGAGCAAAAGUCUGGGUUUGAAAUUAAAAUCUCAGAGGGUCAGAAAAUAAUUGACGACCUGCUGAAGGAAAAAGAGACGCUAACUGUUGCAGAAGAGGAAUUAAAAAAGAUCCUCCAGGAGAGCGAACAGUCAAACUCUGCAAGUUUGCUUGAGAAAACAAGUGAAUGUGCUCAUCUGUCAAAAACGUUAAGGGAAAGAGAGGAACAACUUCAGACUCUAGAAGAACAGCUUGACGGCUUUAGGAAGCAACUUAGUCAGCAAAGUUCCCAAUUGGCAGCUCAGCAGAACCAACUGCUGCAACUUCAGGAUACUGUCUCAAUGCUUCAGGAGCAAGGAUCUGUCCUGAAGUCAGCGCUGAUGGAGAAAGACACGAUGCUCCAGCAGAAAGCAGAGGAGUGCAGCGUCUAUCAGAGUGAAGUUGCGCAGCAGAAAGCUCUCGUAUCACAGCUGCAGGCUGAGGCAGAGGCGCUCAGGCAAGACUGUUCAGAGGCAAAGCAGCAGAUUGAGCAGAAAGAACGGACAUUUAAAGAAGUAACAAAUGAGCUGCAGAACCACAAAGACGAGCUGAACAAACGAAAUGAGUCUGUGAUCUCACUCAGCAGCCAGCUUGGUGCCAUGAACCAGAGCGCUGCAGAGACGGAGGCUGAAAUCACAAACCUGAAGGCCAAUGUGCAGAAACUCAGCACAGAAAAGUCCCAGCUGAUGCAGAAAGAGGAGGAGAGGAAAGCUGAGAUCAUCGAUUUUAACGAUAACAUUCAAGCACUAAAUGAGCAGAACUCAAGAUUAAAAUCUGAACUCCAGAAAACAGUGACGGAGUUGUCCAAAACGCACGAAGAGGUCACACAUCUGCAAACAGCAGACUCAGAGAAGGAGAGGCUCAGUUUGAUCAUGCAAGGAAAAGAUGAGUCCCUGAAGCAGCAGGAGGAUCUGAUCCAGCAGCUCAGCAGCAGGAUUACUGAGCAGGAGGAGCAGCUCAAACACAAAGCAGAUGACAAUGUUAGUUUAAGUGCAAAAGUUUCAGAGCUUGAAGAUUCUGUCUGUAAGCUCAGGGGACAGGUUGACAGUCUGUCUUCAGAGUCCUCUGUGCUGAAAAAUACUUUGGAGAAAAAGGAGCAGUCGAGUCUUGAAUAUCAAAGUCAUUCUUCAGCUGCUGUUGAAAAUCUUAAUUCAAAACUACAAGCUAGAGAGGCAGAGUGUGAAAGCUUUAAAGAACAGAUGUCACACCUUGAAGAAUCCGUCACAAAGCUCAACAGCAGCCUCCAUGUCCAGAUAUCUGAAGCAGAGAAUCUGAAAAAGGUCUUAGAAGAGAAAGAAUCGGCUCUGUUUGAGCAAUCAAAGUCUCUUCAGGACAUUCAGAGAAGAGCAGACGAGGCUUCACUCUUCAAAAGUCAGUUCAUGGAAAGCACAGAGUUGGUGUCACAGCUGCAGAGUCAAAAUCAGCUCCUGUCUGCUGAGUCUGAAACUCUCAGAAAGUCAGCAGAGGAAACACAAUGUGCCUUUGACAACCUGCAAGAGAAAUAUGCUGCAAACUUGGAGGAGCUGCAAGAUGUCAGACAGCAACUCUCCCAAAGGGCUGACGAGGUUUCCGACCUUCAGAAGUUGUUGGAUGAUACCAAGAAAGAACAUCACUCAGCAAAGACCACGAUAGAAACACUGAGAAAUGAGUUAUCUGCGAUCCAUCACAAAUUAAAUGAAACUGAAGAUCUGAACUCCAGUCUUUCAAAGGAAAAGGACGCAGCUUUUGAGUCUCAUCAAGCCAGUGUGUCGCUGCUGACCGUGGAAAUAGAAAGACUCAAAUCACAACAUCUGCAAGUCGUGGCACAAAUGAACGCCCUGACAGAAAACCUGGAGCAGAGAGAAAUGGCUCUGCAUGCAAUCAACAGUCAGUACACGUCCCAGGCCAAAAACACGUCCCAGCUGGUGUCAGAAAUGCAGAAACUAGAGCAGCAGAAUAAGAGACUGAAUGAGGAAAUUAACUUGUCAAAGGAAGAGCACAAGAAGCUCCUUACAGCCGCUAGUACUGAAAACACACACUUGAAAGAGGAAGUUAGAAAACAUGUUGCAGAGAGGGAAGAGCUGGAAAGGAGACACCAUCAAAUCUGGGCAUCGCAGGGGGAGCUGCAGGUGCAAAUGGAGCAGCAGUCCAGCAGCAUGAACCAAACAAUGGAGAAAGUGAUGUCUGAGAAGGAGAGCCUGCGAGCAAAGGUUAGUGCCAAAGAUGAAGAAGUGUCUCAGUUAAAAGACAACAUUCAAAAGAUAGAGCAAAUUCUGCAGGACUCUGAGAAAGAGUGGCUGUUAGUUCUGGAUAGAGAGAAACAGGAUAAGAACCUGCUUGCAGAACAGUUGAAAAGUGUUGAGAAUGAAAUGAAGUCUAAAGAUGUUAAGGUUAAUGCUCUGAAAGGAGACUUGGACAGUUUGCAGGAGAAACUAGCAGAGGCUUCCUCUGCAAUCAGGCAGGGAUCUGAUCAGCUGAGCGCAAAGGAGUCAGAGGCAUCAGCGUCCAGGAUUCAGCUGGAGAGGGUCUUAGCCUCGGUCCAAGAGAAGGAUAAUGAGAACAAGAAUCUGCAACAGGCUCUAAAAGCUGCAGAACAUGAGUUACAGAAACGUGUAAGUGCGUCUGAGAAAUCAGCUGCUUUAAAGAGAGAAAAAGCUUCUUUACAGGACACGAUAAAACAGUUGCAGGAGAGUCAUCGCUUUGAGGUCGAUGCUUUGAAAAACGAGUUGGAUGCAACAGCUGCGCAGUUACAGAAAACACAAAAUACACUUAAUGAAGGAGAGAGGAGUCAGGAUGAGAAGAGUCAGCAGAUUAGUGUCCUGCAGGAGAUGGUAGAGCAUCUGCAGACUCAGCUCAUGGCUGAAUUAGAGAAAGUGAAAGACGCUGCUGCCAAACACUCUUCAUUACAGAGUGAAUCACAAGCUAAAGAUGAGACGAUCAACUGUAUGAGCAUUCAGAUCAGUCAGCAGAAGGAGUUACUCGCUGGACUCAGUCAGCAGUUAAGGGAUAAAGAUGCAUCCAUCGCUCAGGUCAUAGAGUCCGCCUCAAACGAAAGAAUGAAGUUCAGUGAGGAGAAAACAUAUCUGACAGCACAGUUAGAAAGCAUGGAGCAAGAACACAUAAGCUCCAUGAAGAGGCUUGAGGAGAUUUCUCAGCAGUUGGAGGAAAAUAUUGCACGCUCUCAGACUGAAAUCGAGACCAAGAAUUCAGAGAAACUUGAGCUGAUUCACAAAAAUGACGAUCUAAAGAGUGAAGUGGCCAGAAUAUCUAAAGAAAAAGAGGCAAUGAAGAAGAAGCUCCAAGCUGCUCUCGUCGUCAGAAAGGAUCUGUUGAAAAAACUCGAGCAAUAUGAAAACGAGAAAGAAGAGAGUGUGAAGGAGAAAACUGAGGCUUCACUGUUACAGGAUAAAUUACAGGAAGUUACAAAUGAAAAUCAGGCUGCUGCAAAGAUGUAUAAGGAAAGUGUUUCUCUUCUUGAAAAGAAGAUCCUUGAGAAGGAAGCUGAGAUUCUUGAACAGAAAACAGAAAGUGAAAGACUUGUGGAACAAUUACAGUCAGAAAAAGAAAUUCUGCAAUCAACAUUCAAUGAGAAAGAAACAUGUUUGUCAGAAACUUUACAAACACUGACGGAGAAAUGUUUCCUGCUUGAGAAGCUGCAGGCCAGUGCUGCUGAGAAAGAAGAAGCUUUUGAGAGGGACAGAAACAGCUGGGAGCAGAAAGUAGAUGAGCUCCAAACUGAAAUCAAGACUUAUAAAGAUGAGUUGAAGGACAAGUCUUCCUCCACUGCCACUGCUGUUGAUUUAGAGAAUGAGCUUGCUCAGAUGAAGCUUGAAAAGGCGAAGCUCCAGAAAAAAGCCCAGGCUGCUCUGCUGGCACGCAAAGAGACACUGAAGCAAGCUCAGGAAAAGGAGAAGAAGUUAACUCUGGAGCUGGCAGAGCUAAAAGACGACUACAAGGCACUCCUGGAGCAGCGCUGUCAGCAGACCAAUGAGCUCAACGCUGUCCAGUUAAACUUUGACGAGAAGGCUAAAGAACUGGACGACCUCCGGAAAAACUCUCUGUCCGAUCGAGACGAACUGGACACUUUGAGACAGCUCGUUGAGGAGAGGGACAAAACUCUGCAAGACCUGAAGAUGUCUCUGGCUGAGAAAGAGAGCCAGUGCCAUUCUCUGUCAAACCUACAAACAGAGCUAGAAAAUGUUAAAUCCAAAUUUGAGAGUUUGUCUCUCGAGACGGCAAGUAAAGACGAGGCUCUGCUGAUCAUCGAGCAAACAGCUGGAGCUCUGAAAUCCAAACUUGACAUGACAGAGAAUGACUUGGAGAAAGCUCAUGCACAAGUUAAAGAGAAAGCUGAAGAAGCUGAGAAAUAUCGGGAAGCUAUUGAAGUUGCUGAGCUAAAGACAGAACAGGAGAAGCAAGUUUUAUUUAAUGAAAAAGAAGUUUUGGAGAACCAGCUGAGAAUCUCUGAAGAACAAAAGCAUGCACAUGAAGAAAAAUAUCAACUGUUAACAGAAGAAAACAAGGAUCUUUUGGAGAAAAGUAACCAGAUGAAAGUGGAACUUGAGACAGUUGUUGCUUUAGCUUCACAGAAAUCCUCUGAAGUUUCAACCAUCCAACAGACAUUAUCAGAAACACAACAGCAGCUCAGUGACGACAAACACGUUUUGACUGAGGAGCUCGAAAAAGCACAGCUGCAUCUCGCUGAAAAACAAAGGAGUUUGGAUCUGCUGGAGGAAGAAAAAGAAAACUCUCUCAGAGUAAUCGAUGAGCUCAGAGAUGAGGUGACCACUCUGAAUAAUCAACUGAAGGAGAAAGAAAAUUAUUUUCAGCUUCAUCAAAACAACUCCGAAAUGUGCAUCAAACAGGAAGAUUUAAACAAAGACUGUUUGUCUUGCAAAUGUGCUGAAAACUUUGAAGUGAAACUGAAGGAGAGAGAUGAUGCUUUGUUAGUUUCUCAGGCUCAAGUUUCAGAAAAAGAAGAACUAAUUGCUGCACUUGAACUGCAAUUACAGCAGCAGAGUAAAAUCCAUGAAACUACGAUUGACAGGAUGAAAACGGAGGCCGUUGAGCUUCAGAGAUCUCAAGACGACGGCACCAAGAUUAAUCAUCAGGACAGCCAGAAUAAAAUUACUCUCCUCACCAGGAAACUUCAAGCAGCUUUAGUCUCAAGGAAAGAACUCUUGAAGGAAAAUGCAACACUCAAAGAAGAUGUAGAAACACUGACAGCCAAACACGAAGCUAAAGAAGCCGAGUGCUUCGCUCUGGAGUCGUCGUUGCUGAAGUUGAGACAACAGACUGUGGACCUGGAGAGUUCCGUGUCGUCUCUGAACAAGGAGAAAGACAGACUGAGCUCUGAGGCUGAGGACGUCUUCAGUGAUAACCGCAGCCUGUCUGCAGCCUGCGAAAGCCUGAAGCUAACCAUCGAAAACAUCACCCAGCAGAAACAAGCCUUCUCCUGCCAGCUCGAGUCUCUGAAGGACUCUCAAACAGACGAGCUGUCCAAGUGGAAGUCGAAGCACGCCGAUCUGAAACAAGAGUACGAGUCUCUUCUACAAGCUUACGAGAAUGUGAGCAGUGAAAUGGAUAAGAUGAGACAGCUUCUGGAGGGCGCCAAGAGAGACCGGCAAGAAGCCCUUCGAAAGAUCCACAAACACGAAACCGAAAUGGAGAUUCUCGACAAGCAAGUGAAAGAGAUGGAGGAAGAAAAUGGAAGAAUUAAAGAGAAGAUGCGCAAGUUUUCCAAAGAGAAACAGAAGAAGAUUGAGGAGCUAGAAGAAGAGAAUGAGAAACUGAAAAAAGAGCUGAAUGAGUUGGAGGGAAACAACAAACAGACUGACAAAGAUCAACAGUUGGAGGCGGAGAUUUGCAGACUUAACGAGUCAUCACAGGACCUCAGACUGAAGCUCAGUGAAUUGGAGACUGAAAAUAACCGACUGGCAGAGAAGCUUGAAGAAGCCAGCAGUUCAUUGGAAGAGAAGCACUUGGAAUCAAAUACAUACACAAACAACAUGCAGCUCAAACUGGACGAAGCACUCAGUCUGAAUAACUCACUCACUGUCCAGAUCGAGACCCAGAAAACAGAACUCAGUGCUCAGAUGGAAAUCAACAAUUUGUUACAAAAGGAGAAGCAAAGUCUUUCUGAAAGAAUCGAGACGAUCCAGAAUGAUCACGAGCUGCAUCUGGGAAAGAAAGAUGAUGACCUCAAAGAGCUCAAAGACAUCAUUAACAGACACAGCAGAGAGACUAUCAGUCUGAAUGAGAAGGUGAGAAUCCUGGAGGACGAUAAGUCUCUACUGCAGGAGGAGCUGGAAAAUGUUCAGGAGAUCUCAGACAAAGUGAAAAAUGAAAAUGAAUACUUGGAAACCGUGAUUCUCAAAAACUCUGAAAGGAUCGACGAGCUGACCGAGUCCAUCUCUGCUCUGCAAAACAAAAACUCCCAGCUGUCCUCUCAGCUGGCGGCGAGUAAAGAGAUGAGCAGUCAGGUCCGUCAGGAGAAAGAGGAGGAGCAGCUCAAGUUAGUCCGAGAGUUUGAGGAGAAACUCAAGACGGUUCAGAGAGGCAGCGAAGGCUCCAAGAAUGUGAAGAAAGAGCUGCAAGAGCUGCUCAGAGAGAAACACCAGGAAAUUAAUCAGCUGCAGCAAAACUGCAUCAAAUACCAGGAGCUGAUUUUAGAUUUGGAGAGCUCUCUGAAGACCUCGCGGUCGGCCUGCGAGCACAUGGAGAAAGAACUGAAGAAAAGCUCAGAGAAAGUGUCUGUUUUAGAGGAGACAAGAUCACAAGUCGAAGCUGAGUUGAACACACACAAGAAUCUUCUCCAACAGGCCACAGAAAAAAUCCAGAGUGUGGAGUCUGAAAGAGACCAGCUGGCUCUGGACAUGUCAGAGGAGAAUAAGAAGUCAGAGGAUCAGGUCACAGAGAAAUCACAAAAUACAGAUGAGAAACAAUUCAAUUCUUAUAUGGAGAAUCAGUUCAUGUUACAGCAGCAGAUAGAGGACCUGAAGAAUCUGAAAGAUAAAGAAAGUCAGAGAGUGAAUGAGCUGAGGCAGCAGCUGGAUGCUCAGGAUCUCCAGAUAAAUACUCUGAAACGAUCAGCAGUGACUAAUGAGACGAAGCUAUCAGCGUUAUCCGCCGCUCCUCAGGGCGCCGAUGCUUCCAGACUUUGGAACGAUUUGUUCCAAAAGACGCUACACGAGAAGGACAACCAGCUCCUUGAACAGGGUUUCAUGAUCAAACGGUUCCUGGAGGACAUGAGGGUGAAAGACAAAGAGGUGAACGAGCUGCGAGUGACCAAGUCGAGACUGGAGAGGACUCUAAACGAAUACUCUGUGGCUGCGGCUGCACAGCAGAGACAGCUUUUUGUCAUGAGCGCCAGCAACGCCGAGCUCAGUGAGACUCUGGAGCUUAUGAGUGUGGAGGUAAAGGAACUGAGCGCUCACGCUGAAAGAUUAGAACAAGAUAAAAAUGCUCUGAAUCAUCAGCUUGCCGACAAAGAAGAUGUAAUUUCCCAAAUGCAACUAAACCUCAAGCAAAUCGAGCAGAUUAAUGCAGACUCAGAUGCUCAGCUGCUGCUUUUUCACUCUCAAAAAGACAAAGUUCAGGCUGACUUUGAGAAGCAGGAGGGAAUUACUCUGCAACUGAAAACACUCCUUCAGAGCAAAGACGCCGAGAUCUCCUCCCUGCUGUCCUGUAAAGAAGGACAGAUGUCGGGAUAUCUAGAACAACUCCAGGCUAAUUAUCGCUCUCAGGUAGCCGUGUACGAGGACAGGCUGACUUCUGUACGCUACCAGAGAGAAAAGGCCGACAAAGAGCUGAGAAGCCUCGAAGCAAAGGUUAAAAGUCUGCAAAUUCAAGUGAACAGGUCCAUCCAGGAAAAGGAGCAGAUGGCUGCUAAGGUGGAGUCGUUCAAGAACUCGAUGGUGUCUUUACAGAGUGAGCGGGAGCGACUGAUGUCAGAGUACAGAAUACUGGAAGCAAAGAGUCAGUUAGGCUUAAAGGGUAAAGAGGGCUCUGCUGACGGGGAAGGUGGCGCCACCAAAGGCCUUAAACAUGAAAUAAGGAAACUCUUGCAUCAGAUGGAUGAUCUGAACUCUGAGAACGCGAUGCUCAGAGCGCAGCUGGUCCGGUACAGAGAGGAUCUGAACCAGGUUUUAUUCCUGAAGGACAACCAGCUGAAGGUGCUGCUGAAGAAGCAGCAGGAUGUCAUCAAAAACCUUGAAAACCAAAAGGCUGCGGCUGAAAAGCAGCGCAGAGAGUCUCAGCUGGAACUUCAAAGGGCAGAAGAGGCGAGCAAUACUUUAAAAGCAGAGAUUUCUCAACUUACCGCUCAGGUUUCGAGUCUGGAGGCUGAUGUGUUAACGCUGAAAAAGGAAAAAACUGCGACAAACGAAGGCAAAGUGAUCACUGAUCUGCAGGAGGCUGUGGCAGCCAAAGCAGCUGAAUGUAAUGACCUCCAGCAGAAAAUAGUUUCUCAGAAAAUCUUUACAGAUAAACUCAAGGAAAAACUGCAGCUGGUGGAAAAAGAGACGGACAAAAGCCUGGCUGAAGCCGAGGACAAGUACAACAGCGAGCUGGACACCUUCGAGCGCGAGGUGGAUCUGAUGAGGAAUGAGCGGGAGACGGCGGAUCAGCGGGUGGCAGAGCUCGCUAAAGACCUGCUGGACAUGGAGCAGCAGCUGUCCGACGCCAAGACACAAAGCAAAGACACGAAGGCUCAGAAUGAGUCUAUGUGCAAAGCCAUGGCUGCUCUGCAGAACGACCGAGACCAGCUCAUCGAAGACUUCAAGGUCCUGAGAAACAGAUAUGACGAAGAGCUCCGAGAGACUCAGGCAGCUCUAAACAAGGUGGAGCGCAGUCUGCAGGAAGCCGUGUCCGACCUGGCCAUGCUCGCCAAAGAGAGAGACAUCCUUGUUCAGAAACUCACAGCUUUAGAGGGCAAAGACGCAGACUCUGAGCUGAGCAAGCUGUUUGAUGAGCUGUCGAAGGAUUUGUCGGAGAAGGAAAGAGAACUGAAGCAGGUCGUCCUGGAGAACAGCACGUACAGCAGACAGCUGUCGGCGUUCUCCAGGUCCAUGGCUAGCCUCCAGAACGACCGCGACCGGCUGAUGGACGAGCUGGCCGGAGCCAAGAGAGUGUUUGAGUCCAGACAAGGGUCGAGCCCAGAGGCCGUCUCCUCCCUGAGUGUGCAACAGGCUAAAGGAAGUGGUGUCAGUGCCCUGCAGAAUGAGAGAGAAGGGCCGGAGGUGAUGCAGAAGACGGAUCAGCUGCAGCAAACUCACUCACUGCCACCGGAAACAGAAAUCAGCAGCUACCAGGAAGAAAUGGCACUGCUGAGUUCUGACCCAGAGAGGAAGGACAAUCUGCCAGUCAAGGAAUCGGUUGUUCUGGCCGGUCGGAGCGGAGCGGACGAGCUGGUGAGUCGGUACGAGGCGGAGCGGGUUCAGAUGCAUGGAGACCUGCAGCGCUGCAUGUACGAGAUCCAACAACGAGACCAGUACUUCCAGCAGCUCAACAUGAAGCUGCAGCAGACGGUGGAGGAGAAAGGAGCUGUUUCUGCUCAGCUCAGAGCCGUCUCUCAGACCCUGAGGGACACUCAGAAUCGCUGCCACUGGCUGGAAAACCAAGUCCAGGUCCAGGCUCAGGGUGCAGUAUAUGCUGAGGUGGCUCCCGGAGCCCCUCAGGAGAGGAGCAACAACUCCCUGAUCACUGAAGCUGCUGAAGCCGCUCUGCUCCGAGAACGGCUGUUAGAGUUGGAGCAGAGUCUGACUGAUGAGAGAGCGAGGAGAGAGACGGCUGAGGAGGCUCUGAGACUGUCUGAGGACAGAGCCAAGAGUGUUGCUUCCAGUGUGUCCGCUCAGAGAGACUUCAGUAUCGAGAUGGAAACAGAAGAGGAGUGGGAAGCUCUCAGCCUGAACCCCAACCAGCCGCUCAUUACAAGAAAGGUGAAAGGCGGCAUGGUGGCGUGCCGCCGCUGGCUCAGGGGGCGGAGCCUCUACUUCUCCAGGUUGCUAACGAGCCGCGCCCGCUCUCGAUAUUUCUUCCUGGCAUACCUGCUCACGCUGCACGUGCUCGUCCUCAUGUGCCUCACUGGAGCCCUGUAGCCCUGUCACUCUUCUGUUUUUUAUAGUUUCAACAGCUUUUUUAUAUUCUCACUGUGCUGCAGCAGCAUGAUGAAACACUAACAGAGACACAAACAGCCAGUCCGGGAACGUUAUUAAUAAUAUGUUCACGUUAAAGUUUCUGCUCAAUCAGUGACAUUCUGCUCAACAGCAGCAACAACGUGGUAACAGAUUCUCUGCAAAAUAUAAUGUUAUAUUUAUUUAUCAGGUGUUUUUUUGUGAGACUGAACUCUAAGUUUCUUUCUUUAAAUGUUCAAUGGUUAACAAGCCUUAAAGUCCGAUUCUCUCCUUCAGAACAGAAGCGUGUUGCCUACAGUUUGUUGUUUUCAGAUACAAUCAGAAAGUUACAGAAGUCCUGAGGAGAGACAGAAAAAUAUAUUCUGUUUUCUAAGUCCUUCUCUCCUGUGUCUAUGACUUCAAAUACAGAUGAAAAAAUGUUUUUUUCAGAAUAAUCUUUCUAAGUUCCUUAGAUUUUUUUUGUCUGUGAUACAGGUAGAAAAUAAAAGUUUUUCCAGGUGAAAUUUGUUUGUUUUGUUGUUGUAAUACUCAUUCUGGAGACAUUUUUAGCUCACCUGGAAGAAAAGCUAAAAACUUUUGAGAACAUGUGGUCGUGGUGCACGUCAGCCCCUUGUGGCUAAAAAGAGUAUUACAACAACACACAACAUCUGUUUUUUUUCUCCGCCUGUUUCACAGAUUAAAAAAAAUAAAUAUGAAUUAUUAAAGAACAUAGAAAUCAAGUCAUAAAAAUAGGAGAGAAAACAUUUCAGAUGUAUUUAUUUUUCUCCCUCUCCUCUCAGAGCUUCAGUAGAAAGAAGACGAGGAGAGAAACUUUAAUUUCUGACUCAAAUCCUUACGUUGAUGGAGUUGAAGAAGACUUAAAGUUGGAUGUAAAAGCCUAAGAAGGUGCAGAAAGCCAUAUCCAUUAACACUAGAUGUCGUGAGUCUCAUCCUGAGCUGGAGCGAGCGUGAUGUCUGACCAGCUGCUGCUUCUUCUGCCUGCCUGGAGUCAUACCUUGCACAUAAUCGUGAUGCUGAGUUUAAACUAUGCACUGAAGCUCCAAAUGUGUAUAUAAUCAUCUUCUAUAAGCUCCGAAGAAGCACUACACCUCUCCCACCCUGGUCCCUUUAAAAUGUCUCUCUCCUGCCCGUAGAGAAGGCGUUUCAUGGCGUGCCAUUUGAAAAUGUCCUGCACAAAGAAGCAGAGGAUAUGAAAGUACAUACUGUGUGUAUUUAAGGUUUACUGUAUUUAUGUGUGCAUCCUGUACAUUCAGACUGUAUGUAUGUAUAUAUAAGCAUUUCUAUCCUCUCUGCCUGAUGUUUGACGACUGUACAUUUCUUCUUGAUUGUUUAAAUGAGACGGUUUUCACAAAAGGGAUAAAUUUACACGCCAGAAAUUAUAUUUUAAAUAUCAGAUCUGCAGUUCUUUUAAGGACAAAAGAUAAAAAAUUUAUUUCUGGCUUGAUAAUUGAUCCGGUUUUGUAGAAAUUUGAGCUGCUGAUGAGUUUCUGGUACGUUGUCCGAAUGAUAAAGUGUACAUAAAGGUAUGAUUGAUGGACAAAAUGAUGAACUGAAUCUAUUUAUGAAAAACAAGGUGAACUACUGAUAAAUGUUCAGAUGGCAUAUUUUCUCUACUGCCUCUAUUUUUAAGAGCUGGUGAUGCUGUGAGGCUGAACUCGGUGCAAUACCUUCACCAUCUCCACAGAACUUUAAUAAAGCUUAUUCAACUCUUC